GCUCUCUUCAUCCCUUACCGGUUCAGUGCUGUCGCGUGAGUAGUGCCGUUCACAAGCCAUUGUUUCCAGUUAGCUGCAUGGCUCUACCCACCGGAACAACGUAAACAUGGUGGAUAUGUAUUCAAGGGGCUUGCAAAGUCACCGGUCAAAGGGGGGCUUGACUCUGUCAAUAGCACCUCAGAGGAACAAUGAAAAUCUCCAGUCAGCAGUGUACGUCAAUGUAGCACAGCUUCGACAGAGCAUCUCCGAGUCGCCUCCCUCGCCCUACUCUCCUCAAGACUUAGACAAAGAGGGAUGGGAGGUGCACACUGACCAGGACAGUGGACAGGAGUACUACUACCACCCUGCCACGGGGCAAACCACCUGGGACAACCCCUUUCUAUACUCCCCCAUGGACCCUGAGGUCCUCCCAGUUGAGGAGCCCUAUUCCCCCUCAUUUGGUCAGUCCCCUGCCCUGUCCCCAUCCUCUGCCUCCUCCCCUGCGUGGUCCUCUGACUGGGAGAAAUUGGUGGAUGAGACCAGUGGUCGCUCUUACUUCUACAAUCCAAUGUCUGGGGAGACGUCCUGGGAGCCCCCAGAGCAGCUGAGCCCCUACCCCGUCAUGAUGGAGCCUCCGGGUGGGCACCGGCCUCCAGAGGAUGUGCCGCCUCCUCUACCUGAAGAGGACUACCCCUCAGAGGACUAUCUGCUCACGGCUCCACCAGAGGUCCAGGAGGGGCUGCUCCCUUUGGCCCCUCCCACUCUCCCAAAGGAGUACACCUUCAGCCAAGUCACCCGGGCCAUUAUUCCCAGGGCUAACCUGGACAGGAGUGCCCCCUCUGGCUGGAACCUCACUGUAGACCCCGACGGGACCUGGGUGUUCACCAGCGAACACUCUCAGGAGCAGUGGAUCAAAUCACUGGAUGACCGAGGGCAGACCUACUACUACCUGAGAGAUGGCUCCAGGUCCCAGUGGAGCUUGCCUGAGGUCCCUGUAGCGCCAGGCCAGUUCAAGGUGGGGAAUGGUGUAGAGGCAGAUGGUAUCUCAGUCAUAAAAAACUGGAGACACACAAUGGGCCCCUCACAGCUCACCUCAACCCAAGAAGACGGAAAGUUUGUUCCAGCUCACAGGAGGAAUGCGUCAGACUAUGGCAGUGACAGCUCCAGUACAGGCAACUCCCCAGAGUCACUGCAUCUCGUACAAAACUUGGAGAAAGCUGGAAUUCUCAACAAGACAAAGGUGUCCGAGAACGGCAAAAAAGUAAGGAAAAACUGGGUCCAGUCAUGGACUGUUCUCCAUGGCGGGGUGCUGACAUUUCACAAAGACCCAAAGUCUGCAGUGACAGGAACCUCGAACAAGACCAAUCAGAUCGUCCCAGAGGUUGCGGUAGACCUACGAGGGGCAACGAUUGGUUGGGCUAACAGGGACAAAUCCAGCAAAAAGAAUGUUUUAGAGCUAAAAAGCAAGGCCGGUGCUGAGUUUCUGAUACAGUAUGAUACCGAGAGCAUCAUCAGUGACUGGCAAAAAGUCUUAAUGGACACCAUAAGACAACUUGAAUAUCAGGACCAUCAUUCAGAGGAGGAGGAUGGGGAUAUCUGUGAGAGGUCCCAAAGCACAGACCGAGAUGACAGGUCUAUAGGCACCCUGGAUAAACAAAGAGGCUCUCGAACCAGUGUCAACACCUCAUCUAGCUCUGCUGGAGAGGUGGACCAGAAAAGGGUUCGGACCAAACUGAUGAAGUUCCUCAUGAAACGGCCAACGCUACAGUCUGUCAAAGAGAAAGGCUACAUCCGAGACAAUGUGUUUGGAUCCCACCUGGCCACACUGUGCGCACAAGAGAAGACCACAGUUCCCCGAUUUGUGCAGAAGUGCAUCAUUGCAGUGGAAAAAAGAGGUUUAGAUAUUGAUGGGCUCUACAGAGUUAGUGGAAACCUGGCUGUUAUUCAGAAGCUGCGGUACAAGGCUGAUCAUGAGGAGCUGGACUUAGAAGAUGGCCAGUGGGAGGACGUUCAUGUCAUUACUGGGGCGCUGAAGCUGUUUUUCAGAGAGCUUCUUGAGCCACUCUUCCCCUACAGCUUCUUUAAUGGUUUCAUCUCAGCCAUCAGAAUUGCUGAUUACAACACGAAAGUAUCUCAUAUGCAUGACCUGGUCAAGGUACUUCCUCCGCCAAAUCAUGAUACCAUGGAACUGCUGUUUGGCCAUUUACGCAAGGUCAUUGACUAUGGGGAAGAUAAUCGUAUGACUGUGCAGAACGUGGCAAUUGUAUUUGGCCCCACACUGCUUCGACCAGAGAUGGAAUCGGCCAACAUUACAAUGCACAUGGUCUUUCAGAACCAGAUAGUGGAACUCAUCCUGAAUGAAUACGAACACAUUUUCCAUUCCAGAUAAAAUGGUCAUAACCCUCCAGUGCAGUUCUGGGGAAUAAUUUCCAUUAACAGAUUCUAUGGACACCAAUCAGCCAAAACUUUAAAACCACCUACCUAAUAUUGUGUAGGUCCCCCUCGUGCCACCAAAACAGCUCUGACCCAUCAAGAUAUGGACUCCAUAAGACCUCUGAAGGUGUUGUGGUAUUUGGCACCAAAACUUUAGCAGCAGACCAAUCCUUUAUGUCCCGUAAGUUGCGAGGUGGGGCCUCCAUGGGUCAGACUUGUUUUUCCAGCACAUCCCACAGGAGAUCUGGAGAAUUUGGAGGCCAAGGCAACACCUUGAACUCUUUGUCAUGUUCCUCAAACCAUUCCUAAACAAUGUGUGGAGUGUGGUAGGGUACGUUAUCCUACUGAAAGAGUCCACUUCCAUCAGGGAAUACUGUUGCCAUGAAGGGGUGUACCUGGUCUGCAGUGAUGUUUAGGUAGGUGCUAUGUGUCAAAGUAACAUCACCAUGAAUGUCAGGACCCAAGGUUUACCAGCAGAACAUUGCCUAGAGCAUCACACUGCCUCCACCGGCUUGACGUCUUCCCAUGGUGCAUCCUGGUGCCAUCUCUUCCCCAGAUAAACAACACACAUGCACCCGGCCAUCCACAUGAUGUAAAAGAAAAUGGGACUCAUGAGUUCAGGCCACCUUCUUCCACUGCUCCAUGGUCCAGUUCUGAUGCUCAUGUGCCCAUUGUAGGUGCUUUGGGCAGGAUUCACCAUGGGCACUUUCACCAGCUGUGGCUACGCAGCCCCAUACACGGCAAGCUGUGAUUCACUGUGUGUCAUGACACCUGUCUAUAAUAGUCAGCAUUAACUUUUUCAGCAAUUUGAGUCACUUUGGAGAUGCUCUGACUCAGUCCUGUAGCCAUAACAAUUUGGCCCUUGUCAAAGUUGCUCAGAUCCUUAUGCUUGCCCAUUUUCCUGCUUCCAACACAUCUGUUCACCUACUGCCCAAUAUAUCCCACCCCUUGACAGUUGCCAUUGUAAUGACAUAAUGUUAUUAACUUACCUGUCAGUGGUUUUAAUGUUUUGGUUGAUUGGUGUGUGUGUGUGUGUGUGUGUGUGUGUGUGUGUGUGUGUGUGUGUGUGUGUGUGUGUGUGUGUGUGUGUGUGUGUGUGUGUGUGUGUGUGUGUCCUCACUCAAGCUCAGGUCCUCUACCAGAGGCCUGUGAGUUUGAGGGUUCUGUGCAGUAUCUUAGGCGUUCCUAUGACCCCACUCUUCUUGGUCACGUCAAAGUGCCAAUACUUGUUAUAAUAAGGUGAUUUGUGCCAACAGAAAGAAUUGUCUUAUUACUAAAUCCAAUUCCAAAAUGUAAUUUGAUAAGAGCAUUUAUGUCACCCAUUUUAAUGGAUAGCCCCAUUAAACCCUAAACUGACUCUUUUUUUUUCUCAGAAAUUCUGACUUAAAUCUCGAAAGUUAUUUCUGACUUUUUUCUGAGAAAUUCUUUGUUUUAUUUUUUUCAGAAAUUCUGACCUUAAAUUCAGAAUAUAACCUGCAUGUGCCCACUUUUCGAGAAAAAACAAAAACUCCAUUGGUGGCCAAAAUACACUUCGGUAAAUUUGCUACUUUCAUUUAACAUUUUAUAAAAAGUUAAACAAAACCCAGAAAAAAAUUGUAGCCACGGGCCUGGUCAUGGGUUACAGCUGUCAGUGCAAAAGUAUAUUUUAACAAAAUCAAGUUUAAUUAAAUGUAAAAUUAAUGGCUGCUGCAUAUGUGUGCAGAGGUAAGAGAUAGGCUGAGGACAGCAUCCUACUCAAAUACCCAAAUCAAAAUGCAUGUCAGUGUCAUAUGGAUAAAACUGAAUACAAAAUAUCUGCCAUCACUCACUGCUGUAAACCUUUGACUGGUUAUUAACCCUGACCAAUUACAAGCCAACUUCAGUUCCAACUCAAACGAAAGCUUUGAAACUCAAUAUUAAAAUAAGAUGGUAAUAUAUAACCAUAUUAAUUGCGUUCAAUUGUUUUUCCUAUUUGCCAUUGCAAGCAAGCAUACAACAAAAUUCAUCCUCUGCAUUUAACCCAUCCUAUUUUAUAGGAUCAGUGGGCAGCCACAGUGCAGCGCCCGGGGACCAACCCCAGUUAUUCUUUCCAUUGCCUUGCUCAGGGGCACAGAUAGGAGUAUUAACCCUAACAUGCAUGUCUUUUUGAUGGUGGGAGGAAACCGGAGCACCCGGCGGAAACCCAUGCAGGCGCAGGAAGAACAUGCAAACUCCACACUGAAAGGACCUGGAACAGCCUGGGAUUCGAACCCAGGACCUUGUUGCUGUGAGGCAACAGUGCUCACCACUGGGUGGGUUCCCAGUUUUUUUUCUGGACAAAACUGAAAUAGUGUCAAAUAGUUUAAACUACACGAGGAGUGCCUCAUUUAACUUCCUGUGCACUUGAACAACCUAAUGAGUGAACAUGCUUUGCAAGUUAAGAUAAACCAAGGAUUCCUGAUACUUUUUUCCUCUUUAAAAUUUUUUAAGCAUGAAUAACCACUGUGUUAUCCCCAACUGUUAGCUCCUUUACACUUGGAUCAUCACUGGCAGUAUUGUAGAGUUUCAAAACAAGCCACACCUGAACAUCAGUGUGGCUUGUUUUGUCAUCUCAAAAGAGUUGCAAAGAUGGCUAAUUAAGAGGAAGGACUAGAUUUUAGAUUCUUCUCACGCCAAUGUUACAAGUCACAUCCUGCAAGAUUCACUUAUAAGACUUUUUGUUUUGUUGGAGUGACCGUUAUAGCACAUAUGUCAGACCUGGAAAGCAUUAAUUCUGUUUUUAACAAAUGAUCAAACAAAUGUUUUUGUGUUUUAGAAAAUUCAAAAGACUUUUUAACGUUUGCCUUGAUUUGAGGCAACGGUAUAACAUAUGGCAAUAACUGUUGAGGUAUGUUAAUGUAUAUUUUUAGGUCUCACUUUUAUCCAUUUAAAUCUUUGUUAUUUAGAAAUGUAUAAAAAAUUAACACGACUUGCUGUGAAUUAGAGACUGUUAUAUAUAGCCUAUUUGUCUUAUCUGCUAGAUUCUCUCCGGUGGAUGGUCAGACUCCAUUUUAUUUGGAUGAGCUGUAAGUGAGCCGUAAUGACGCCAUAGGAUAAACUAGCAAUAUAUUUUAGAAACAGUUUGCCAGUACUGACCAUGAUGAAGAAACAUGGCUCUUACCAGGUUUUGCUCUGUAAAUAGAAAUAGAUAGCAUAUUUAUGCUGAAAAUUAAAGCACUCUUUAAUAAAAAAAUAACUGUAAAAAGAAGUUGCCGACGUUGUGAUUUCUCAUCACAAAAUCCAUUUUACUUGUUAAGUCUGAGGGCCAAAUGACAAGCAUGCCUUUUGAGAUGGGCGAGUCAAGUCAAGUCGAUUUUAUUUGUAUUGCCCAAUAUCACAAAUCCAUCAAUUAAUGUAAAAUCACACAAGAAUUCAUUAAAAGCAGA